AUGGAAGAAGGUGGAAGUCGCAGAGGGUAUGUUCCAGUGCUGGUAGGCACAAGGAAAGAAGAUGUGGAGAAGAUUUGGGUCACUAUUAAAGCAAUUCAGCAUCUCACCAUUGUUGAGUUACUGGAGCAAUCUGCAAAAGAGUAUGGAUACCAAAAUGGAGUGCUCAAAAUCACAUGUGAUGCUGACAAAUUCAAGACCAUACUUCACAACAUAUCCAGGAAAUAG